AUGACCUCGGCCACUCCCCCUUCCUCGCGUGGCUCCUCCCCCGAGAAGGUGUGUCACUCCAUGAUGCAGACAGAGGCUUUGAAGCCGCUGCUGGGGGCGGUGGGGGUUGCGGUGGCGGCAGGGGAGGAAGCUACAACGGUCUGUGCGCUCCGACGGAGACGGCGUGUUCUCUCCAAGGACGGGCACAGCAACGUGCGCAUCGAGCACGUGAGAGGGCGCGGGGCACUGUACCUGCGUGACAUCUGGACGACCUUCCUGGACAUGCAGUGGCGCUACAAGCUCUUCCUGUUCUCAGCCACCUUCGCCGGGACCUGGUUCCUGUUCGGGGUUCUGUGGUACCUGGUGGCGCUGGUGCAUGGAGACCUGCUAGGUGAGGAUGGAGGGAGGGGAGAGGGGGAGCAGAGGGUGGAGAGAGAAAGAGACUGACAGAAUGUAAGUCAAGAAGAGGGAGAAUGAGAGAUGUGUAAGAAUGUACCUUAGUUUAGCCCUUUCUCAUUGGUCUUCAACCCCCUUGUAUAUCAAACAAUCCGGUCAGAAACUUGCCUCUCUCUCUGUAUCUCCGCUCUCCCUCCCUCCAGAGUUUGACCCGCCGUCCAACCACACCCCGUGUGUGAUGCAGGUGCAGACCCUAACGGGGGCGUUCCUCUUCUCGCUGGAGUCCCAGACCACCAUUGGCUACGGCUUCCGUUGCAUCACAGAGGAAUGUCCCGCCGCCAUCAUCCUCCUCAUCCUCCAGCUUGUCAUCACCAUGGUGCUGGAGAUCUUCAUCACAGGAACCUUCCUCGCCAAGGUACCUCACCCUGCCCUGGGCAGAUUAAUAUCAUAGUUAUUAUUACCAUCACAUUCAUUAAAAAGCACCACACUACACUGUUGAUAUACACUGAGUGUACAAAACAUUAGGAACACCUGUUCUUUCCAUGACAUAGACUGACCAGGUGAAUCCAGGUGAAAGCUAUGAUCCCUUAUUGAUGUCACCUGUUAAAUCCACUUCAAUCAGUGUAGAUGGAUUUUUAAGAGACAAUUGAGACAUGGUGUAUGUGUGCCAUUCAGAUGGUGAAUGGGCAAGAACAAAUAUAUAAAGUGCCUUUGAACGGGGUAUGGUAGUAGAUGCCAGGUUCACCAGUUUGAAUGUGUCAAGAACUGCAACCCUGCUGGGUUUUUAACGCUCAACAAUUUCCUGUGUGUAUCAACAAUGGUCCACCACCCAAAGGAUAUCUAGCCAACUUGACACAACUGUAUUGGAGUCAACAUGGGCCAGCAUUCGACACCUUGUAGUCCAUGCCCCGACGAAUUGAGGCUGUUCUGAGGGCAAAAGGGGGUGCAACCCAAUAUUAGGGUUCCUAAUAUUUUGUACACUUAGUGUACAAUACUAUGAAAAAUGUAAACUUUGAAUCUACACACAUGACCAAUGUUCGAUAAUAUAGUCUGGCCACAAUAUGCACUGCAUCCAUAUGUCCAACACACAACAGUACAACUAUCUGCCCUGGCCCCACUCAGCACUGGACUCCUGGGUUAACAACAGUGUUUAUUAUCCUCCUCCUCUCAUUUUACAUUUUAGUCAUUUAGCAGACGCUCUUAUCCAGAGCGACUUACCGGAGCAAUUAGGUUUAAGUGCCUUGCUCAAGGGCACAUCGACAGAUUGUUCACCUAGUCGGCUCGGGGAUUAGAACCAGCGACCUUUCGGUUAUUGGCACAACGCUCUUAACCACUAAGCUACCUGCCGCCCCCUCUCCUCUCCCCUCUUAUCAUUCUGGCCACUCUAUCAUAAGGGUUAUAAGCCCCUUCUUUAUUUUUCACUCAGUUAUCUAUGUGUGUCCGUGUGUGUGUGUUGGGGCUUGAGGUUAAGAUGAUAGGAAGUGCAUGCCAUGUAUGUAUUGAUAAGGAGACGGACGGCAGGUUGUUAACAGCCUAACAAAUAAACAGGAUAUGUUUUCAGAUAGCAUUGUGGGUAGUGUAGUUCACCAUGCUACAUUGUGUGGCUCUGACACACUCUCCCCCAUCUUCCCCAGGUGGCGCGGCCCAAGAAGAGAGGCGAGACAGUGAAGUUCAGCCAGCACGCCGUGGUGUCCAAUCACGAGGGCCAACCCUGCCUUAUGAUCCGAGUGGCCAACAUGCGCAAGAGCCUGUUACUGGGCUGCACGGUAGAGACAGUGUGUGUGGUAGUGAUUGAGUGUGUGUAUCACAAACAGAACAAAUCUUUCAUGAAAAAAUGGAUCACUAUGGUAGAUAGGUUGUUGUCAUGUUGUCAAGCUUCUUCAGGAUUCUCGCUCAUGUACCGCCAUACAAUUUAAUAUGACUCCAUUUUGGCGUUCCCAGGUAACAGGGAAGUUGCUCCAGACAUCCCAGACCAAGGAGGGGGAGACGAUGCGACUGGACCAGAGGAACGUUCCCUUCCAGGUGGACACAUCCAGCGACAGCCCCUUCCUCAUCCUCCCACUUACCUUCUACCACAUCAUAGACGACAGCAGCCCACUCAGAGCAUGGGCCGUCAAGGGUACGAGUCUCAAUAACAUUUAACCUUUUACUGCAGUGGGCUAAAUCAGGGUCACACAGAGUGAUUCUUGGUAGUCUUAAACAAAUCUACUUUGAAACAAAAGCCUACACCUCACACACAUGGUUAUGGGCUUAAAACAAAGAAGACACCGGUACCAUGUCAGACACAUAGUUUAAAUGUAUUCCAUUUUGAGUUUGCAUCCCAAUAUUACACUUUAUAUACACCACAGAAGACUGAAAUAUAACAAAACCGUUUGACACAGAAGCACCGUAUUUAUGAAAUUAUGAAAAAUAUUAAUAACAUUCCACCCAUGAGGUCAAAGAGGGCGCUUUUGGUCAUUGACUGCAGGAAAGGGCUACCAUUAGAGUUACUGUAUGUGUCAUGUUUUCUUAGUGCAUGUAUGAUGAGUAACCUUGCCUGAAACCUGA